AUGGCAGAGAGGAGCAGGUCUCCACGACGUGAGAAGUAUCUAUGGGUCAAAGUGAAAGGCGGUGUGACACCCAUCAAGGUCAAUAUCACAGGGUUGCACGAUGUGGAUGAUUUGCGCAAGGCAGUCAAGAAGGAGGUGAAAAACAAAUUGGGUGGUGUUGAUAGUGAUGAUCUUCAGAUUUUUCAGAGCGAAGAGGCGAAAGAUGGUGGCUCUGAAGCAGUUCGCCCGGGUGUGUCACUGGCUGACCUGAAUGGUGGAGACAAUGACGAAAACCCCCUCUACGUUUUCUAUCCUGAUAUGAAUCCAGACUCGACUGCAUCACAGGAUUGGUGCAGUCAGUUGCUCAGACAGAGACUGCGCUUUGGAAUUGCUGAGAAGUUGCUGGCUACGGAUGGUGCAAAAUGGGACUACUGCGGCGAAGAUGAGCUCUUGUCUGCCAUGCAAGAGACAGUGAUGCAAGAAGUUUGUCGACUCAUCAACCAGAAAGAGGCUCCUUUUGUGGUCGGAUGCGUGACUGCAACACAGAGUAUGGACCACGGACUUGCGGCUAGUCCGCAGGCCAGGAAGUUUCUUCAACUACCAAGCGUGACACAAGUCACCGUGAACAAAGUGGAUCAGAUCCCACAUCAUCCUUUGAAGCAUAUCUUGGUGAUGGACAUGGGUGGUCACGGCAGAGCUUUGGAGUGCUUGGUCAAUGCGCUGAAAAAGAUGGAGUGUGCAGGUGGUGAUGCUGUUGUGGGUGCAACAAUGCAGCAGCUCAACGAAAAGUACCCACAAGCUGGACUGUUAGGCCGGUCAAAUUCACACAGUUUUGACGACUGCGACAUCAAGGGCAUCCUGCGUGCCAGUCUAUCUGGCAAGUGGACAGAAGUGGGCAAGGCCAUUGAGAAGGUAAACCCAGAAAAGAUGAUGCUUGUCCGCCUCGAGUACAACUCCACUCGAACAGAGUACCGCAUUCACUUACCAUAUGUUUGGCUUCACAUGAUGCUGAGCAGACACAACAUGGCAAGUGAUUUGCAGCCUUGGCGCUUGAUGGACUACAGCAGUUUCAUGAAAGGUCCUCCGAUGGAUGGAACGGAAUGGGAGCUCUUCAAUGCCAACUUCAGGGUGUUGCGUUCACAUGCUUUCACCAACGAAGAAGAAGUCUCAAUGGCAUCUUUGCACAGAGGGGCGAUCCUCAACGAAUCGUUGAAAGACUUGAACAUUACAAACAAACAUUUGAAGCUUGCAACAGCCAAAGCUAGGUGUUCAUCGAGGUCUUCGUGCUGCGGCAAUCCCAAGCCAAAGACAGAAUCGGAUGACAAGACUCCAGCUCAAGGCUUACGGGCUCACCAGUGCAAGGCUGUCCAGGAUGGAAAGGAGAUCACGGUUACAAUGACUGACAAGACCACCCUUCUUCUGAAUGCAAAAGGGGCUCCAGCUGCUGAUGCUUUCGUGAUGUUGGAACAGGUGAAUUCUGAUGGCAAGAAAGUGACGAUCUCUGAGUGUUUGCAAAUGAAGCAUGGACAGACAGCAGCCCAUUUGGAAGACGAGUUCAAAGAAGCAUGCGACGAGGGGGACAUCCUGGUUCUGCUGCAGAACACCUCCGGCAAGGCACCAACUAACAAGAACAUUCCUAUUGUAUUUGUGUCAGCAGAGCAGUUUGAGGCAUAUUACGGCUUGUAUGCUGGACGGGCAUUCAAUGCAGCUCGUUUCACUGCACCAAGUUGA